AUGUCCUCGCCAGCCGCCUGCUCCCACGCUAGCCGGCCCGCGCAUCCUUCGGCGCUGGGACGCAACCGCAGAUGCCCGGAGCUGGCAGUCGCCCGCCGCUGUAAGCUGGUUGAAGUUGGGGGCAGGUUUAGCCAAGAAGCCGUUGCCUUCCUGCGGAAACUGGCCAAGGCUCGUGCCUACGAGUCGCCUGCGCGGCUCCGCCCGGCCGUGCAGCGUGCCUCCCUGCACUCAUGGAUGGGCAUGCUGGCCGUGGCGGCACAACGCGCACUGGCUUACGCACUGCUGGAGUUGCCCCUGGCGGGAGCGGACGAAUGCGACGGCACCGAGCCGCCACUGGGCGACCUACUGGCGAUGCCUGUGGCGCCGAAGCAGUGCCCCCAAGUCGUCUCCCCGCUCCGUGAGGACGUAGCCUGCCUGCGCCCGCCGACUGCGACCGAGGGUGCAAACAG